ACCUCAAAAUAUAACGGAUACAUGAAUUAACUGAGGUGGAAGGUACUUGUCUUUAACACACACAUGCAAAAUUGGCAAGUGUCAAGUUAAAUAAUGUGGCAUUUCGCCCUCUUCAUGCAUUGGCCAAACCAAUGACCGUUUUAUAGAUUAAGAGAAGGAAGUUGUUGGCGCAAAGCAAUUUCGCUUCCCCAUGAGGCAUGCAGACCUGACAACUAAUACUUACUUCAUGUGCCUUUAACCCGGUUUCCAGUUUGUUCAGCCAACACUCAACUACCUCAUUGAAGAUUUUAUUUCCGUUUUAUGUCCUUCCGCUCUCAAUUUUGACUCUUACCUUCUCAAUUUUGACUCUACUCCGAAACCAUAUCUCCCUCUCUCUUUGUUAGUCCAAAUAAUUCAGUUACAGUAUGAUGAUGAUGAAGCCACUUCAAAUCAUUGUAAUGGUCAUGCUCAUCAUCGUCUCUAUGUUAUCUCUGUCGCUGGCUACCUACAGGCAGCAGUUCACUGCGUUCACGUUACCACCAUCAGCAUCCACGGAGUAUGAUGAUGAAGAAGACGGAGGAGGGAUGGUUGUGGCAGUGAUGAGUAUGCUCCCCAAGUCGGUGGGAGGAGUACAGCCUCCUACUUCCGCUCCAAGUAAACGAUCAAACCAAUGCUGCUAAUCUAUCAUAUCUUUAGUCGGUACUUACUCGGUGGUUAGCUCUAUUCUUCUUCUUCUUCUUCUUCUUCUUCUUCUUCAUGUUGUAACCAUUAGAUUUGUAAAUACCACUAGAUUUGUACUUUGUAUAACCGUUAGAUAAAUUCCGUUCGCUGAAUGUUUUGCUACGCAUUGUAAAAAAAUUUGGAAAAAAGUGUAAGUUGAUUCCAAUAACUGUUGAGAGAUCAACUUAAAUCAAAAUUAAUUCAUGGUCUUAAAGUUUGUAUAGGAUCACCAUUUACUUCAUGCUUGAAUAGAAUUUUAAUAUUGAG